AUGCUUAGCUGUAGACAACUACCAGGACUCUCCUGUGAAGAAUGCCGACGGCGGAAAGCACGAUGUGACCGCGUACGACCCCAUUGUGGUACCUGCGUUGAAAUAGGCAUUGAGUGCAUCGUUAACGACAAGAGGCCACGACGGGGACCGAAGAAGGGACAACUUAAAGCAUUGAGAUAUAGGGUUGGAAUACUUGAGCGCCAACUCAAGGACCAGCUGAAUAAUAACCUUGCACCUCCUGCAGUUGAAAUCGAUUGCGAGCCCAUGGAGACAGUCGCCAUAGUAUCAGAGUCGGCGGUGUUAGAUGAUAUCGAGCAAGAUAUAAUUCACAAUCUUAUUCCCAACACCGCGGAAUGGCAUGAUACCGGAAUGACGACCACUGGAAUCGCGGCACCAAGUGUAGAUCUAGAUUUCAAUGCAAUGGAUGCUACCGAAGGCUUAGACAUCUCUGACUUGGUAUGGGCGGAUUUAGACCUACUCUAUUUUGAUCGAGUACACCCAGUUCUGCCGAUAAUACAUAAACGGCGUUGUUUCGCGUGGUCUAACGAAGAAGUCCUCACUCCCGCCCGCCUCUCCUUGCGAUUAGCUAUGGGGGCUCUCGCUGCUGCCUUGUCAACUCAGUUCCCUGGUCUCAGUAAUAUUCUAUACACCUCAACGCGCCGUAUACUAGAGACCUCACACAAUACUGAGCAAGACCCGUCAUCGACGGCGGGACAUGUCCCCUUAGAGGAGAUCCAAGCAUGGCUACUCGUUGCCCAUUAUGAACUCAUGUGCGUACACGAAAACCGAGCUAUGAUCACAGCCGGACGUGCUUUCCGCCUGGUCCAACUGUCACGAUUACACGAUAUCGAUAUCAUAGACAUAUCACCCGUCAAUAUUAUAGAAACACCAUCUACGCCUACUUCUCUCGCCCAAGACGAGAGUUUUGGUAUAGUAGAGGAGAGAAGACGGACAUUUUGGCUGGCAUUUUCUUUAGACCGCUUUCUCAGCACACGUAACCAAUGGCCGUUAACACUACAUGAAGAAAUAAUCCGCUCCCGUCUACCAUCCCCCGAGACACAUUUCCAAAACAAUAUGCCAGUUCAGGUGGAUUUUCUACCAGACAUCCUAACAAAUAGCGAUCGGGGUGUCCACUCAUCAUUUACAGAGUGUAUCAUAUUGGCAACCCUCUAUGGGCGUUGUAUGGAACAUCGGCGGCUGUCGCUUGCAUCCUCUCUUUCUACCAAUAAGUCACACGAAUUUUGGACACGUCACGAACGACUCGCUUCUAUUUUGGAGAAACAGGUCCAGAUACUAAUCUGUUACCCAGCAAAUAUGUUAAAUCUCGACAAUCGCAACCCCAUGCUAACCUUUUCCCAAAUACUGGUCCACAGCGCGAUAAUCCAUCUUUGCAUCACUAUUGAGAUCUAUCCUGCUGGAAUAUUAGGUGGCUGGAAGUCUACGCCCUGUACUUAAAGGGUAUAUAUGUACUGUCUACGAAC